UUGCAUGACGCCCCUGGUCCUCCCCAUCUGAGGAUGUGGCUUCCUGCUUCAAAAGUUUGGGAAGUGAAUUUUUUUUCUUCUUCUUCUUCUUCUUCUUUUUACCAGUCCAGAAAGCGCCGUUUCCCGUCAAUAUUUCUAAUAGUUUCUCAAACAAUUUAACAACAACAAAAAACACGAAUUAAAGAAAGAAAUCAUCAGCAUGACGUCUAAUUCCAACGUGUCCAACAUGCGUCGACUCGUAGAACAGCUGAAACUCGAAGCCAGUUUGGAACGGAUUAAGGUGUCUCAGGCAGCGGCAGAGCUCCAGCAGUACUGCCAUCAGAAUGCAGCUAAAGAUGCUCUGCUGGUUGGAGUUCCCACAGGCUCCAACCCCUUCAGAGAACCACGAUCCUGUAACUUGUUCUAAGGACAGGACACAAAAGCGCUGGAAUCACACAGAGGAAAACUUAUGUUGGAAUCCAAAAACGAUGGAAAAGUGAUCAGAUUGCAUUAAUUUGAGAGAUAGAUAUAUUUUCUCUUGUGCCACGUGGCUUUGUCAUGUUUCUUUAAUAAUAUAUAUCAUAUGAAGUUAUAAUAUGUUUGUAUAUGGAGCUCCUUUUUUAUAUUUGUUUCUUGGAUGUUAGUAUUUUUAGUCCCAAAGUUAUAAUUUCUUCAUUUAUUUUUUUUUUUACGAGUUUGGUAACAUUUGAAAGGAACUUGAUCUUAUACAGGAGCUGUGAAUUAGGUCGAACGCUGCUGUAGUUACGUUGUUACGUUGUUCUUUAGUAAUUGCUUUUGUUUUUUUGCAUCGCAUCAUCUUAAACUGAAGAGAUGUUUUAAGUCGGGGUCGGGCUCGACACUGCCUCGGAAUCGUAAAACUCCUUCCUUUCCUGUUGUUGAGACGUCGACGCUUAAUGGAAACCGCUUAUAGUCAGUGACAGGAAGCUAGGUCUUCCUGUUUUAAACUCGCCAAAGAUACUUAUAAUUCACAUGGAAUUCCAGUUAUUUUCAGUUACUUUCAGUUAAUUCACAACAUAAAAUAUGUUGUGCUGAGACGGGACAACAGCCAAGGACUUGAACUUGAUCGGUUUCUUUUAACGUCAUGGAAAAGCUGUAACUGAUACCAAGGAAAGCACUUUCCACCCAUGGACGGAUGUUUCUGCCACCAUCCACUGUCAACAGAGCCCCUGACCGCAGGAAGUUACUGUGACUUCCCUUUCCCUUUAACUUAGAACGUGUCCUAAAUGGCACCUUAUGGCCCAUAGGGCUCUGGUCAAAAGUAGUGUACUAUAUAUAGGGAAUAGGGUUCCAUAGGGCUCUGGUCAAAAGUAGUGUACUAUAUAUAGGGAAUAGGGUUCCAUAGGGCUCUGGUCAAAAGUAGUGUACUAUAUAUAGGGAAUAGGGUUCAAUAGGGCUCUGGUCAAAAGUAGUGUACUAUAUAUAGGGAAUAGGGUUCCAUAGGGCUCUGGUCUAAAGUAGUGCACUAUAUAUAGGGAAUAGGGUUCCAUAGGAUCUCUGGUCUAAAGUAGUGCACUAUAUAUAGGGAAUAGGGUUCCAUAGGAUCUCUGGUCUAAAGUAGUGCACUAUAUAUAGGGAAUAGGGAUCCAUUUGGGACAUAGCGUUAUUUUUGCCAUAUCCUGUUUGAUACAAGAGCGGCAGUCGUGUGUCCAGGGACCAAAGUUCUCUUUCGCAAGGACGCCUAACAUGCCCACAAACGUUACAAACACACUCAUUAUUGCCAUCGCUUCUUCCUGUCUCCGAGUGGAAAAACUUAAAUCAGGCUUCUAAUUGGCAUAUAGCCAUUGUUGUGUGAAUCCCAGAUUCCCUCAUUAAUGAUUGUUAUUAGUGGUUUUCCCAGUAGAGGGUAAUGUCAUUUCAACAUGUCUGCUGAUGCAGGUUAGCCUAUUUCUUCUUACCAGCCUGGUUACACCACAACAGAAAACGCUGACUUACAGUACUUCUGGUUUUUCGGGGAGCAAAUAAAACUUUAUUUGUCACAUACGCCCGAAUACAACAAGUGUAGACUUUACAGUGAAAUGCUUAUUUACAAGCCCUUUAACCAACAGUGCAAUUCAAGAGUUAAGAAAAUAUUUACCAAGUAGACUAAAAUAAAAAGUACUAAUAAAAAGUAACGCAAUA